AUGUCAAAAGAUAUAGCAAAUGGAAUGAUUUAUCUUCAUAAUUUAACUCCUCCUAUAAUACAUAGAGAUUUAAAAUCUUUAAAUUUACUUUUGGAUGUUCCUUUUAAUGAAGACUCUUUUAAUUAUAAUAUUAAAAUUGCUGAUUUCGGACUUUCGAGAACUUAAUCUUAAGAUCCUAUGACUUCUGUAUUGGGAACAUUUCAUUGGAUGGCUCCUGAAGUUUUUGAAAAAAAACAAUAUACAACAAAAGCUGAUGUGUAUUCAUAUGGAAUUGUUCUUUAUGAAAUUUGUUUUAGAAAAACUCCUUAUUAAAAAAUGAGUACUAUAGAUAUCAUGAAGACCGUAACAGAAGGAAAAAGACCUUAAUUUGAUUAAAUUCCUCAUGAAUGUCCUGAAGCUUUAAUUUAACUAAUGAAAGAUUGCUGGGAAUAAAAUCCUAAUAAUAGACCUGAUUUUCAAUAGAUUUUGGAAAGACUUAAUUAAAUGGAAAAAAUUUGA